AUGAUCAGUCAUUGGCGUUCUCGAAAUUUCUCUUUAAUUCGUUUAAUUGUUAAUAUGGCUCAACAAGAACAGCAACGUUUUGUUAAUCGUUUAGCAAACGAAAAAUCUUCUUAUCUUCAACAACAUGCACAUAAUCCAGUUAAUUGGUAUGCAUGGAGUCAAGAAGCAUUUGAGAAAGCUCGUCAAGAAAAUAAACCGAUCUUUCUCUCAAUUGGUUAUAGUACUUGCCACUGGUGUCAUGUAAUGGAACAUGAAUCGUUUGAAAAUAAUGAAAUUGCAAAAAUACUUAAUGAUCAUUUCGUAUCAAUUAAGGUUGAUCGAGAAGAACGUCCGGAUGUCGAUCGAGUCUAUAUGACAUAUCUUCAAGCAACAAAAGGUGGUGGCGGCUGGCCAUUAUCUGUUUGGCUCACUCCACAAUUACAACCAUUUUAUGCUGGUACAUAUUUUCCACCGACUAAUGAACAUCGAUAUGGUAGUCCUGGUUUUAAAGAAAUUUUACUGAAUUUAAAUAAAGCAUGGUCAACAAAAUCAAAUGAAAUUAUUGAUGGAAGUAAAGAUGCAAUACAACAAUUGACGAAAGCUGCAGAAAAACAAGCAGCUAGUACAGAAAAUAAUCCUGAUUUACCGGCAAAUACAAGUAUACAAACAUGUUUUGCUUAUUUUGCUAAUGAUUUUGAUGAUGAUAAUGGUGGUUUUGGUACACAUCCAAAAUUUCCUCAACCGGUAAAUUUUAACUUUUUAUUAACACAUGCUGCGUUAAGUCAUCAAGCAAAAGGAAAACCAGAUGUUGCUCGAUUAGCUAUUGAUAUGACUCAAAUGACAUUAAAAAAAAUGUCUUUAGGUGGUAUCAAUGAUCAAUUAGGUAAAGGUUUUCAUAGAUAUUCAACAGAUGAUAGAUGGCAUGUACCUCAUUUUGAAAAAAUGCUUUACGAUCAAGGACAACUGACUGUAUCAUUAGCUGAUACAUAUGCUAUUACCAAAGAUGAACUUAUUGGUCAAACAUUACAAGAUCUAAUUUCAUAUGUUGAACGUGAUCUACGUCAUAGUAAACAUGGAGGUUUUUAUUGUGCUGAAGAUGCUGAUUCAUUACCGACGAAAAAUGAUACGAAAAAAAAAGAAGGAGCAUUUUAUGUUUGGAAUUAUGAUGAAUUAUAUAAACUUUUACCUGAAAAACAUGCUGAUAUUUUCUGUGCUUAUUAUCAAUGUAAGAAAAAUGGUAAUGUUGAUCCUAUGCAAGAUCCUCAUGAUGAAUUAAAACAUCAAAAUGUUCUUAUUACAAAUGGUAACCUUCAAACUAUUAUGGAGAAAUUCAAACUUCAAAAUAUUACGGAAGUAAAAGAAAUCUUGGCUAAAUGUCAUGAAAUUCUUCUUGCUUAUCGUAAUGAAAAUCGACCACGACCACAUCGUGAUGAAAAAUUUCUUGCUUCAUGGAAUGGUCUUAUGAUAAGUGGCUUAGCUCGUGCUGCUCGUGUACUUCAAGAACCUAAAUAUAUUCAACUUGCUGAACAAGCAAUUACUUUUAUUCGUACUCAUCUUAUUGAUUCUUCAACAAAACGACUUUUACGUGCAUGUUAUAUUGAUCAAAAGACAAAUCAAAUUGAAUAUACAGAAUCAAAAGUAAACGGAUUUUUGGAUGAUUAUGCUUUUAUAAUACAAGCUUGUAUUGAUUUGUAUGAAGCAAAUCUUGAUGAUGAACUAUUGGUAUUUGCUUAUGAAUUACAAAAACAACAAGAUGAAUAUUUUUGGGAUACAACUAAAAACAGAUAUUUUAGUACAGAUGGUAAAGAUUCUUCAAUCAUUUUACGACUAUACGAAGAUCAGGAUGGAGCUGAACCAUCACCAAAUGGAAUAUCAGCACUUAAUCUACUUCGUCUUAGACAUUAUUUUGAUGAUUCAUCUUUAGAUGAUCGUCUUCGUUUGAUAUUUAAAUCUUAUGUUGGUGAAUUAAAUAAAAUACCAAUGGCAAUGCCAACAUUGAUUCGUUGUUUUGAUAUGUAUACUCAUGGUAUCAAUGAAAUUAUAAUUCAAUCAUCUAAUCAAGCAGAAAUUCAUCGUAUUAUUCAAUAUAUUCAAGCAUCAUAUGUUCCAAAUACAAUAUUGAUUCAUAUGAAUAAAACUAAUCAUAAACUCCUGCAAUAUAAUCAACAAUUAAAAUCUUUUAUGGAUGAAAAUAAUAAACAGACAAGAAUUUUUCUUUGUCGAAAUUUUCAAUGUCAAUUACCUGUAACAUCUUUUGAAGAAUUUAAAAGACAUUUUGAUCCUUUAAUUUUAAAAUAUGAAUAA